AUGCGUUUCUGUCCUUCCGCUCCUUUGAAGGAGACUCUAUUUCUUGCCAUUCCUUUAUGGGCAAAUAUUAUAUCCGCUGCUGCAAACAUCGACUUUGAUGCUCUUGGUGCCACAACUUCGCUUGCAGAAAAGUCGACCAUUUGCAACAUCCUAGACUACGGCGCGGUUGCAGAUGGAGUCACUGACAUUGCAGAGGCAAUAAGCACUGCCUUUACAUCCUGCGUUGCUGGCAACGCAGCAACGCUCUAUAUUCCAGAGGGCAAUUAUUCACUCGCCACAGGAGUAAAACUGAAUGGCGCCUCCGGCUGGGCUUUUCAAAUCGACGGCCUCAUCACCCUCACAUCAGAUGGUGAUUUUGAUGGUAACGCUUUUAUCAUUGAGCGUGGCUCUGACUUUGAGCUCUUCUCAAGCAAUAACCUCGGCGCCAUCGAUGGCCAGGGUUAUAUUGCUCGUCGCGAUUCUACCGGUCAAAAUGCACGACUUGUCCGUCUCAUCGACAUGGACAGCGUUUCCAUUCACAACAUGAUUCUUAUCGAUUCUCCCACCUUUCACUUCGUACUCGAUGAUGUCUCUAACUUGGAGCUAUUUUAUGUCACGAUUCGAGCAGGCGACAUUGGGGCCACGGAUGGAAUUGAUCUCAUAUGCACGAACAAUUGUUACCUCCACGACUUCGAAGUCACCAAUAGAGAUGAAUGCGUCUCUGUAAAAGCAGGCUCAGACAAUGUCUUGAUCGAAGAAGCAUACUGUAACCACAGCGGAGGCAUGUCUAUAGGGUCUCUUGUUGCUGGCAACGUCGUUUCAAACAUCACUAUGCGAAACAUUUACUCAUACGAAUGUGUUCAAAUGCUCAUGAUCAAGACUUUCCCCGGCGGCACCGGGGCUCAGGGUAAUGUCACAGAUUCGGUGUUUGAGAACUUUUGGGGUUACAGUACGACGUAUGCUUUGGAUAUCAAUCAAUAUUGGCAGGAAACCUAUUCACCGGAUACUGGCGCAGUGGCACUCAACAAUCUUGUAUUCACAAACUGGACUGGAUCACUCGCAGAUGGAAUGGAGCGGGGCCCAGUAAUGUGGUCAGCGUCUGACAUCGUCCCUUCUCAGAACAUUACUCUCGAAGGCUUCUAUAUGGGUGGUCUGACGGGCGAUAGAAUGAUCAAUAAAUGCAAUAAUGUCUACGGCUCAGGUGGUUGCAUUCAGGCUGCGACAGGUACUACCACCUAUUCAACCGUCGUUACGACUUGGUCAGUGGCCCCCUCUGGGUGGACUGCUCCGGCUUCUCCAACCUGGGGAGUUUCAGGCUAUGGUCUCACCGUCCCAAUCCCUGUUUACACGCCAUCUGUGUUUUGGCCAACAGCAAGCGCCUCUGCUACUGCAGCCGUGGUUACUAGCUCGCCAACUGCCCUUUAUGUGGUCUCCAGUUCGGCCAUUCCUGUAUCCUCGGUUGUUUCAAGCUCCCACGCUGUUAGCACCGAUGCAUCAACUCCGUCAUCAGCAACAUUAGCCACUAUCACCAGCCUCCCUCCAGCCACUACGUCAACAUCAUCGACAUCAACGAGCUCGACUUCUGAUUCCAGUUUGUUUAUGUCUAUCGACGAGCCCUCGGUGUCUCCACAACCAACUGACGUUGCUGAAGAUUAUGGCGGCUGUGAGGCAAACUAUCCGUCUCCCGCAUUCCAGCCCGAAAACAAGCACCGUCAUGGUCAUGGCCAACAUUUCCAUCGUAGGCGCUUACACUAG